AUGUUUUGCUUUGCUCACCGACGAUGACCCCAGUGCCAUGUUAUCGGCAGGGGAAUUCCCAAACGGCUUGCACACAGCGAAUUCCCCGACCGGCUACGAUCACUUCCAGUUGCAGCCUCAGUGUGAAAGGACGGUCUCGUGUGGGGAGCAGUCGCAAAAUGGAAAAAGUGUUUGUGUUAAUAAGCUUGUGGAUACUGUUCGAGGUGGUUACAGUUUCGGCCGGAGUGACAAUCGAUUGCGAGGGUCAAAUCAAUUGCAGAGUGCUGGGUCAAAACCAACAAGAUAUACAAGCAGCAUUGAGCAAAUAUCCCUCUGCCAAGCAAGUUGAUCUUCACGGUAAUUUGCUGGAAUCAUUUGAUGCGCUUACGCUGCAGAGCCUGACCGGACUGCAGGUUUUAAACCUGUCGUAUAACUUGCUACAAGAGGAUGUGCUUAGAAGUAUUAGAAAUUUGCAGUUGAAAACCGUCGAUCUGACGUACAAUCAACUGACAGUUGUUAGUGUACCAUCUUCGGUGACGACAUUCAUCGCAAAACGUAACAAGCUUCAUCACAUAGUUAUACCGUCGAACAAUGCUCUCUUGGAACUGCAUCUACCGAUGAAUCAGUUGGAAAGUUUGAAUGAGCUGAAAAACAUUAGAAAUUUAGUUUCCCUGGAUCUCUCUUGCAACCGCAUCAGAGCACUUGAUCUUGGAAUCCUGUCGCAAGUUCCUUCUUUGGCAACCCUGAACUUGGCCAACAAUUUCAUCAACGUUCUAUCGUUAAACGUUAAGCUGCCCAAUCUGAGACACCUGGAUCUGUCCAACAACAUACUAACUGUGAUGGAUGGUGCGUUCAGUAAUAUACCAAAACUAACGGAAUUACAUCUGCAAAAUAACAAGAUCGUUAUGGCGAUUGAUAUUAGACAGCAACAUCAGAAUUUGAAAUUUGCCGAUUUGACCGGUAACGACUGGUACUGCAAAAGUCUAGAAGCGUUUUUAACGUUGAACCCGCAGGCGACAUUCAGUCGAGACUCAGCAUCGUGUCCGAGCGGUAAUUUCAAAAAUGUGUGUUGCUCGUAUGCAUUAUCGCCAUUCGCAGAUCGUCUGAUUCAGUAUCGCUGGCAGAAAUUCAAGGCCCUUGAAACCGGAACUGGCCACCGGCAGUCCGGAGUUAGCUGUGCGGAGCUGAAACCAUCACCGUGCGACGGAGACGAUGGUCUAGUGUACAAAGUUGCAACUUCCGAAGCGAACGAUGCUCAGUCCAUUUCUCGUUCGAAGCAACAACAGCUGGAGGAUGAUAUUCGAAGACAUCAAAAUCAACUGAGAAUAGCAGAGAAUCGUUACUCCUCGCUUCACAGAGACGUCAUGGGACUUAGUAGUUCAGUGAAAGAUUUGGAAGGUUUUAUCAGCACUGAAUACGAAAUUGCUGGCCUUCAGGGAGAGGGUGAAACGAGUAAUCAACUUCGGAAUAUUUUUCAACGGUACGAUGAGCAAUAUAAUCAGUUUAAGGCAGAUAUAAACGCAGAGGAGCGAACUACCGGUAGUAAACAGAUUGAGAUAACUGCGGUAGAGAGCCAGCUACAAGAACUCGAGGAGCGGAAACAAAGGCUACUCAAUGACAUCGGUGAACGGAACAGAACUGUGACCGGUUACUUGCAACAGAUCGAUGGUCUCAAUAAACGGAUAGGUUAGAUUGAGUUCAUGAUUGGUGCAAGUGACACGUUCCUGUGAAAUUUUAUAACUAUUUGUAAGUGAAUAAAAGGAAUAGAAAAAUAAAAUCAAAGGCGAGUACUAUUUAUGCUCAAUUUAACAAAAAAUU